CUUGAUGCCACCUAUUGUUACAUAUCAGCUCUUAGAGGCUUGACUUAGUGUGUUCUUUAAUCCUAUAAGUCUCACCAUAUUCUUCCAAGCUUUCUGCUUUCAUAACAUAUAUACUACGGCAUAAUUAAACACAUAAAAUUUCCCUUUUCUUCAGUAUUUGCAUGGCAUCUAGCUCAAUGUCGACACGUGGGUCAGGUUCAUGGACGGUCAAGCAGAACAAGGACUUUGAAGAGGCUUUAGCUGUGUUCGACAAGGAUACCCCUGACCGAUGGCACAAUGUCGCCAGGGCUGUUGGUGGGAAGACGCCAGAGGAAGUUAAGAGACAUUACGAAAUCCUCGUGCAGGAUGUGAAGCACAUAGAGAAUGGACGCGUUCCCUUCCCCGAUUAUAGGACCCCUGGGACAUAAUUACCAAGGAAGAAGUGAAUAACCUAAAGCUUCAUGAAAUCAAGCAUGGACAUG